GCCCAGUCCUGGAGGGGGGAGGGGAGCCUGCGUUGCUCCUAGCCUCUCUUCCCAUCCUGAAGAAGGUAGAAAUGAACAGGAUUUUCCCCAAAUCCCAGUAUCCUCUUGGAGGGCGUGGCCGGAGAGGGCACACUAUAUAAUCCGGAGACUCGCGCGCGUUCAUUCUACCUUCUGCCCCGGCGCCUCUCACGCUCGUCUCCUCCUUCCGUGGUCGCUCAGGUCUUCGUUGGAGAAGACGCGCAAGGGACGCUGAAAGGCAGACCGUCUCCCAGGUUCCUGAGCGUCGCUCAGAUCCAGGACGGUUCCCAGCCAGGUGGGCCGGCAGGCUCGGAGAGAAAGGGACAGGCUCUCGGCUCCAGAUACUGCCUCCACUUCCGAAAGGUUUCGGACGGCUCCUUGUCUCCAGGUUGCUGGAAUUGACUUCUUCUUGCUCAACUGGAUGACUCAGUCAAUGGAGACAAAGAGAACUAACUAACACUUCUCGCUGACUCACAUUUGAAUCGAAGCACCAGGGAGUCAGCCUGCCUUGCUGGUGGGAAGAGCCAGUGACACUGUCUAUCGCUGAGCUCCCUAAGGCUUCUGAAGAUAAGGUGUUCAGAGGAAUAUACGCUUCCUUUGGAACUUCUAUAACGGACACUUGCUCUAGUUUGGAAGCCCCAGGGCUGCUGGGGGUGUGAGUGACGAGUUUCACAAGUGGCCUUAUUCCGUCUCCAGAGACCCCCGACCGGACCCUCCCUGGUCCCCAGCCCGGAGCGGCGGGACCAUGCCGACUCAGUCCCUCUUGGUGUACAUGGACGGUCCGGAAGUCAUCGGCAGUCCUCUCGGCACCCAGGUGGGGCUGGAUGACGCCGUGUCGGUAAAGGGGGCCGCUGCCGUCCCCUUCAGAGCCACACAGGAGAAGAGCGUCAUCCAGAUCGAAGGCUACACGCCCUUGGACUGCAUGUUCUGCAGUCAGACCUUCGCGCACUCUGAAGACCUCAACAAACACGUCUUGACGCAGCACCGGCCCACCCUCUGCGAGCCCGCGGUCCUGCGCGUGGAGGCCGAGUACCUCAGCCCUCUGGAUAAGACCCGGGUGCGCACGGAGCCUCCCAAGGACAAGGGCGGCAAAGACAGCGAGGACUUGAGCUGUGAGGUGUGUGGGCAGACGUUCAGAGCCGCUUUCGACGUGGAGGUCCACAUGAAGAAACACAAGGACUCUUUCACCUACGGGUGCCACGUGUGCGGACGGAGGUUCAAGGAGCCCUGGUUCCUGAAGAACCACAUGCGGACGCACAACGGCAAGUCGGGGGCCAAGGGCAAGCUGCAGCAGGGCGCCGACGGCCCGGCCACCAUCAACGAGGUGGUCCAGGAGCAGGCCGCCGAGAGCGUCUCCUCUCCUUACAAGAUCUGCAUGGUUUGUGGCUUCCUAUUUCCAAACAAAGAAAGCCUCAUUGAUCACAGGAAGAUGCACACCAAAGACUCGGCCUCCGGCGGCAGCGGCGCUCCGGGGGACGCUCAGCGGGCGGGGACGCUGGCGCCCGGGGAGGAGUUCCUGCGGUUCCUGAACCUGAGGCCCGCGGCGCGGCCCGAGACCGUGACGCAGCCCGCCAGGUGGAUACCGCAGCUCGACCCCUUCACCACCUACCAGGCCUGGCAGCUGGCCACCAAGGGCAAGGUCGCCGUCUGCCGGGAGGUGAAGGAGCACCGCGGGCAGGAAGGGAGCACCGACAACGACGAUUCGGACAAGGAAGAGCUGGGAGAAAUCUGGAGUGCCGGCAAGAGCCACCCCGAAGGUUCCGGGAAGUCCAGGACGGGCAGGGGCGGUUGCGCAGGCCUCGCGCACGACAAGGAGAAGCCCAGACACGCCAACGGCGAAGUGCCUUCCGGGGACUCGGACCCCAAGCUGCCCAGCAGCAAGGAGAAGCCCACGCAUUGCUCCGAGUGCGGCAAGGCUUUCCGGACCUACCACCAGCUGGUGCUGCACUCCAGGGUCCACAAGAAGGACCGGAGGGUGGACGCGGAGUCGCCGACCAUGGCCGCGGACGGGAGGCAGCUGCGGACGUGCUCCCCAGACCUCACCGGCACCCUGGACGAGCACGGGGCCGGGGACCGCGACGGCGGCUCCGAGGACGGGUCCGAGGACGGGCUCCCCGAAGGACUGCACGCGGAUAAAAACGACGAUGGAGGCAAGAUAAAGCAUCUCACGUCCUCAAGAGAAUGUAGUUACUGUGGGAAGUUCUUCCGUUCCAAUUAUUACCUCAAUAUUCAUCUCAGAACGCACACAGGGGAAAAACCAUACAAAUGUGAAUUCUGUGACUACGCUGCGGCCCAGAAGACCUCGCUGCGGUACCACUUGGAGAGACAUCACAAAGAUAAGCAGGUCGACGCGGCCGCCGAGGUCAAGAGUGACGGGAAAAGCCAGGAGGCCGAAGAUGCACUACUCGCCGCUGACAGUGCGCAAACCAAAAAUUUGAAAAGAUUUUUCGAUGGUGCCAAAGAUGUUAAAGGCAGCCCACCUGCCAAGCAACUUAAGGGGAUGGCCCCUGCCUUUCAGAGUGUCCUGGGCAGCGCUGUCCUCUCGCCAGUACACAAAGAUACUCAGGAUUUCAGUAAAAAUGCAACCGAAGACAACGCUGACAAAAUGAGCAAAAACCCCAUGCCUGCUCAUUUGGAAGCGUUGAAGAAGAGGCCGGCCGUCGAACCCCAGGCCGGUAGCCUGCUCUGCAGAACAGAGGGGGGCAUCCCUCCUCUUCCUCGCCCAGACGCCCCCGCCGCCCGGAGCGCCGGGGCCGUGAAGCUGGAGGUGGCAGCGGACAGCAGCGGCAAGCCAAGCGUGGACUGUCAGGACAAACCUUUAAAUUUAUCCCUCGGGCCGCUCCACAGCUGCCCGGCCAUUUCUCUGAGCAAGAGUUUGAUCCCUAGCAUCACCUGCCCGUUCUGUACCUUCAAGACCUUCUACCCGGAAGUUUUAAUGAUGCACCAGCGGCUGGAGCAUAAGUACAACCCGGACGCUCACAAGAACUGCAGGGGCAAGUCUUGGCUUCGGAGCAGACGCACCGGCUGCCCGCCCGCCUUGCUGGGGAAGGACGUGCCGCCCCUGUCCAGCUUCCCCAAGCCCAAGCCCAAGCCCGCCUUCCCGGCCCAGCCCAAGACCCUGCUGCUGGAGAAGGGGAAGCCGGGCCCCCCAGGCCCGAGCAAAGCCCCGCUGACCUCAGGGACUGACUCGAGCACUUUAGCCCCCAGCAACCUGAAGUCGCACAGGCCGCCGUCCGGCGUCGGGGUGCAGGGGGCUCCGGCCGCCAGGCAGCAGCCAACAGAGAUGUUUCCUAAAAGCGGAGUGUCUCCCGCCCUGGAGAAGACGAAGAGGCUGGAGGCGAAGUUCAAAGCCCCGGGAGUGUCCGUGUCCCAGCCGGCGCUGGGCAGCAGCGCCGUCAACGGCUCGGACUUCGCCGUGAAGCACGACGGCCCGUGGGCGGCCCCGGGAAGAGACUACUUCUGUGGCGGCCGCAGCGCGGGAGGCGCCGGCCCCGAGCUUGGAGAGCCGCUUCCCAAGCGGCCAAAAACCGGGCCGGCGGCCCUGGACGUGGAGCAGCCCGGACCUCACUACAGAAGGGGCCUCGACCUGCCCAAGUACCAGGCGGUCCGCGGGAUCACGUCGCUGCUGCCCCAGGAGUACUCGUGCCCGCCGGCAGCCGUGCUGCCCCCCAGGCCGCGGUUCCUGGCCUCGGGGGAGAUCGACUCUGCCAACGUGCUGACCGUGCACAAGCCCUACGGCGGCCCGGGACCGCUCUACACGUGCGCCCCCGCGGGGGCUGCGGCCGGCGCCGCGCUGGAAGGAAAAAGGCCUGUGUCGUAUCAACACUUAUCGAGCAGCAUGCUGCAGAAGAGAAACUACGAGAGUUUUAUUGGGAGUGCACAUUAUCGACCAAAUGACAAAAAAACUUGAUUUCCUAUUUGGGGAAGAAAGGUCUCGACGAUGGACGUGUGUACUCUACGUGAAGUGAAGUCAGUCCAUCCUCUGAGAAGCCGGCGGUGAGAGCUACUGAAAGAAGCUGUGAUCGACUGAUUGUACUGUACAUAGACUCGGGAACACUACAGCGUGCGACGUCCCGUCCACUCUCGUACCAAAUAGCAAUAAAGACUGUCGUCGGAGCCGUGGGGCUGUACACGAUGGAGACCGGAGAUCUCUAUUUUGUCCCUGAAUAAUAUUUUUUUUAGAAUUGACCAAAUAAGUGGAGUUUUUGCAUACUUGAGCGCUGCUGAAAAGAAUCCUUUGGGAUGGGGGUGGGGCGGGGAGAAAGUAUAUAAUGCUUGCACCUCAGGUAAAAACCUGUAAAUAGAUAAGUUGUACCUGCUUGCUCAAAUACCCUGUGUAUUCUUUUUCUCAUGUAGCUCAUCACUUUGAGCGGUUUCUUGCUAUUUGUGCUCUUUCGUUUAAAUUGUACGUUUUAAAAUAAUUUCUUGAUGAUUUUGUAUUAUGUUAAAUCAUCCACAGUCUGUCGUCUUAAAAAUCGUUACUGGAGGCAGCGGCCCCUGUGGCUGAGAGCUGCGCAUGCCCAGGUCAGCCGCCCUGAGCGCGGCGCCCUCCCGUUGCAGGCGUCGCCGCCGGCAGAGGGCGCCCUCGCUCCGGCGCUUCCGGAGGGGGCCGGCGGGCGGCGGGCGUUAGGUGCACGCGUCUACAGAGACUCAUUUCCUCUGUAGAUAGAGCAGCCAGCUGCCCAGUAAACGGACCAGAUUGUAUGUGGAGCUACUGAAUAGAGUUUCCUAUCAAAUUAAUCACUUUUGUUGGAAAAUGCAGUGUUUUGGACACUCGUCUAAAUUAGUAGAUAAAAACUAUAAACGCUAAAUUAUACAUGUGAUGUACAGAUAUUGGAAGCAAUUUUCAUGGAAAUGAAAGUUGUGGGGUAAUUGUAGGUUUGUAUUUGGAGGUCUCGCUGUGUCUGCACCGGGGUCCCCGGCGGGCGGAGGACGGAGACGCGCCGGUUCUGAAGGAGAACUGCUGGUGGCGCCCUCUGGUGGCGAUGACCGGGAGCGAGGGCCCGUCUCCAGACCUCGGCUGCCUUCCCGUUUUUGGUUUUAAAGCAGCAGCAUUUUCUCAGUACACAUGCAAUUGGGGUUUUAGAGAGAGUGGCCACCAGUUGGCCUAGUAGAUGUUUUAAACUUUUCUGUUCCCUUAAUUUGCAGUCCCUAGCGGAGUUUCUUCAGCAGUCCCUGGGUUUAGCAACUACAAAAUGUUUUAUUAAGAAACUGUUUUCAAAAAUAAAAUUUGCACUGUUGAUGUUUUCAUGUCCUAAGGGUAAAGUACUGAAAGAAUCCUGAUUUUUUUUUGUUUGUUUAUUUUCAUUAUGCAACAUGAAGCAAAGUUGAUCGUGAAGUCUUAACUCCCGUGACAGGGAGGCCUAACUGGAGAUCAAUCUGCUAGCCUUGCAAUGAAGUGCUUUGUAUCAGGAGAGUGUACACUAUUAACCUUUCUUCCUGUCCACAAGCUGAGCCAUAUGUACAUAAUCUAGAUUUUCGUUUUCAUAGUUUUGCACUUUUAUAGCCUAUUUUUGAAGAUUAACACAUUUGCAAAGAUGAUUGACUUGAUCGUGGCCUCAUCCGAUGAGUGUUACUGGAAGCGCGCCCCGACUCCGGGUGUUCAUCUUUGAAGGGGGUGCAGCUUAAUGGAGGGCUGGAAUGUAAACCUGUAUUUAAAAAAAAAAAUCACCAAAUCUAUUUCAAAACAAGUCGGUUUGUGCUGUGCUGAAAUUAUUGGGGUUUUCGUAUUUCUCCUUUCUAACCACAUUUCUGAAAGCGUAAAAAUACCAGUUUUUUUUUUUUAAUUUUUCACAGCCCUUGUAUUCCAAAUCUUUUUUUUUUUUUGCCCAUCAGUAUUAACUAUUGGGAUACUACUGGUUUUGUAUGUUUUUUUUUUCCUUGGAGACAACAGUACAUAUAAUAGAGGUACAAUCUGUUGGAUUUUUGUUUAUGUAUUUAUUUCAUUCCAGUUUGAUUUAUUUUAAUUGUUGAUACUUAAGUUGUCAAACAGUAGACAUUACCUGUUUUAUUUAUGAUAUAUUUCAGCUUAAAGUUAUGUUAUUAUAUGUGGAUGUAAAUAUAGAUUUGGUGUUUUGCA